ACGGAGUGUGCCUGAGCUGUGUUUGGGGAGCACGGAGGAGUGGUGGGAUCCUGGUAUGGUCAGUGUGGUGUUGAGGGAAACUAAAGGGACAGGACCUGUGGAGAGUGGGAAGGACAGAUGGACCUGCCUCGAGCAGUGGGGGAGUGUGAGGCCAGGAGUGGAGAUGCAACAGGGAGAGAUGAAGGAGCUCCUGAGUUUCCUAGGGCUGCUGUAACGAAAUUCCACAAAUGGGAUAGCUUAAAAACUUGCAGUUCUGGAGGCUGGGAGUCUGAAAGCAAGGAGUCAGCAGGGCCAGGCUCCAUCUGCAGCACAUAAGGAAACAUCCUUCCUUGCCUCUUCUGGCUUCCAUCGUUUGUUGGUGAUCCUUGGCUUGUAGUUGCCUCGCUCUGCCUCUCCAUCUUCCUGUACCUAUCUCCCCAGUGCCUGUGUCUAAAUUUCCUCUUCCUAUAAAGACACCAUAGUUUAGUUCUCGUCCUAAUCCUGUUCAUCGUCAUCUUAAUAGCUUCAAAGACCCUAUUUCCAGUAAGAUCACAUUUCAAUCAGUUUAUGAUUUGAGCACAUCUUUUGGUGGGACACACUUCAACCCAUAACAUAAGGACGCCAAACUGAGGUCACUAUAAAUUCCAGUUUGGAGUGUCCCAGUUUGCACGGCCCCUCCGUUUAACGUAAUUUAAAGCUAUGAGCUGGUGCAGUGCUUUCCAAAACACAGUAAAAUAAAGGGAUUGAGAGAACAGUUCCAAGCAAAGCCAGGUCAUUCAUCCACUAUCUGUUCAAAAUCUAGGAGAUUUGGAGAUUUAAAGAUGUAACAGCAUAUUUCUAGCUUUCGUGGAACUGUUAGUCUAGUUAGGAACAUUCUGUCUGCAAGCACUCUAAUGGAAGAUCCUGUGUGACAAAUUCUUGGAAAGUGUGUUUUUCCUUUAAUCAUUUCUUUUACUGUCCUUUAUCAUUUUUGCUUCUGUCCAACUGAAACUCCCAUUUAAAUUGUGGAAGAAAUGAUUUUGUACAUUUUCAGCCUGUGGACAGUGUAGCGUUAGAGGCACGAAGACUCUGGUUUAAAUGCUGGCUCUGCCCCUUCUUGACUGUGAAAAUCCUGGGCAAGUCACUUGACCAAUGUAAGUUUUAGUUUCUACCACUAUAAAACGGGGCUGAGAAUAUUCCUGCCUCACAGGGCUUGGUGCAUGUUAAAUGAGUAAAUACAUCAGUGCAGAGCCUAUGGGAAGACUACAUGAAUGAGUUACAGUAAAAAUUAUUGUGAAUUUUUCAAGGAGACGUUAAAGCAAUGUGCUUAUUAUACCCUCUUUCACGUCUCAAAUUCUGUCUAAUUUGAAUUUCUCUUCACCCUGCAGUUGUAUACCAUCCCUUCCUCUAUAUGCCUUCUAUACUCUCUCUCCUCUCCAUGGUGUAUGCUGCUCUGUUGUCACCACAGUUAUGCAUUUCUUGUCCUCCUUCUUUUGUCUUUCACACAUCUUUUCUCUGGUCAAAAAAAGAGACACAGAGAUAGAGCCUUUCAAUUGGAAGGAAGUUAAAAGCAAUCUUCUCUGCUCUCUCGUUUUAUAGAAAAGGGAACCAAAGUGGAGAACUAGUAGAGAGUUUGUCCAAAGUCAUAGCUCAGUAACCAUCAGAAGCAAAGUUCUCUUGAUGAUAUGUCGAGGUGUCGUCGUGAACUGGUCAGGAGAUUGGGAAGACAUCACACUGUGUGGAUCUAUGCCCAUGGGCUCUGACUGGACCUGCAGAUGAAGAUGGCAAGCGUCCGCUGCAAGCUGGCCUACUACCUGGAGGAUCUGGAGGACAUAGACUUCAAGAAAUUCAAAAUGCACUUAGAAGACUAUCCUCCUGAAAAAGGCUGCCUCCCAAUUCCCCGGGGGCAGACAGAAAAGGCUGACCACCUGGAUCUCGCAACCCUAAUGAUCGACUUCAAUGGGGAAAAGAAGGCAUGGGGCAUGGCCGUGUGGAUCUUUGGUGCCAUCAACAGGCGGGAUCUUUAUGAGAAAGCUAAGGGAGAGGAGCCUGUGUGGGAUAAUGCACAUGAUUCUAAACUCAUGAUUGUAUGCAAGGAAGGAAGCCUUGAAAAUGAAUGGCCAGGUUUACUGGGGUAUCUUGCCAGACUUCCUAUUUGUUCAAAAAAGAAAGAUUAUUGUAGGAAAUACACGAAAUACAUACGAAGCAGAUUCCAGUGUAUUGAAGACAGAAAUGCCCGUCUGGGUGAGAGUGUGAACCUCAACAAACGUUUCACCCGGCUGCUGCUUGUCAAGGAGCACGCAAGCCAGAAGGAGAGGGAGCACGAGCUCCUGGCCAUCGCGAGAACCUCAGCCAAGACGAGGGACAAUGUCGUGAGCGCCAUUAAUGUGGAACUCCUGUUUGAUCCUGAUGAUGGAAACUCUGAGCCUGUGCACACGGUGGUGUUCCAGGGAGCGGCGGGUAUUGGGAAAACGAUACUGGCCCGGAAGAUUAUGUUGGACUGGGCGUCAGGGAAACUUUUCAAAGACAGGUUUGACUAUGUAUUCUACAUCCACUGUCGCGAGGUGAGCCUCAUGACAAAGAGGAGUCUGGGGGACCUGAUUGUUAGCUGCUGCCCAGACCCAAACCCACCCAUAAGCAAGAUUGUGAACAAGCCAUCCAAAAUCCUGUUCCUCAUGGAUGGCUUUGACGAGCUGCAAGGUGCCUUCGACGAGCACACAGGGGAGUUCUGCACGAACUGGCAGAAGGUAGAGCGAGGAGACAUUCUCCUGAGUAGCCUCAUCAGAAAGAAGCUGUUUCCCGAGGCCUCCCUGCUCAUCACCACAAGACCCGUGGCCCUGGAGAAGCUCCAGCACUUACUGGACCACCCCCGUCAUGUGGAGAUCCUGGGCUUCUCAGAGGUCAAGAGGAAGGAGUAUUUCUUUAAGUAUUUCUCAGAUGAGGACCAAGCCAGGGAAGCCUUCCGGUUAAUUCAGGAGAAUGAGAUCCUGUUCACCAUGUGCUUUAUUCCCCUGGUUUGCUGGAUUGUGUGCACCGGGCUGAAGCAGCAGAUGGAGAGUGGCAAGUCCCUCGCGCAGACAUCGAAGACGACCACUGCAGUGUACAUCUUUUUUCUCUCGAGUUUGCUGCACCCCAGAGGAGGAAGCAAGGAUCACCAACUCUCUGCCAACCUCAGGGGGCUCUGCUCUUUAGCUGCAGAUGGAAUCUGGAAUCAGAAAAUACUGUUCGAAGAGUGUGACCUCAGAAAGCAUGGGCUGCAAAAGGCUGAUGUGUCAGCUUUCCUGAGGAUGAACCUGUUUCAGAAGGAGGUGGACUGUGAGAAAUUCUACAGCUUCAUCCACAUGACUUUCCAGGAGUUCUUUGCUGCCAUGUACUAUCUCCUGGAAGAGGAGGAAGCAGUGGGGAAGAAGAGCAUGCCCCGGAGAUGUUCGAAACUACCCAACCGAGAUGUGACCGAACUCCUUGAAAAUUACGGGAAAUUUGAGAAAGGGUAUUUGAUUUUUGUUGUCCGUUUCCUUUUUGGCCUCAUAAACCAGGAGCGAACCUCUUACUUGGAAAAAAAAUUGAGUUGCAAAAUCUCACAGCAGAUCAGACUGGAGCUGCUGAAAUGGAUAGAAGCAAAAGCCAAGGCCAAGAAGCUGCAGAUCCAGCCCAGCCAGCUGGAAUUGUUCUACUGUUUGUACGAGAUGCAGGAGGAGGAGUUCGUGCAAAGGGCCAUGGACCAUUUCCCCAAAAUUGAGAUCAAUCUCUCCACCAGGAUGGACCACGUGGUUUCAUCGUUUUGUAUCAAGAACUGUCACCAUGUAGAAUCGCUUUCCCUGGGGUUCUUCCAUAAUAUGCCCAAGGUGGAAGAAGAGGAGGAGGAGGAAGGCCGAUGUUUGGAUGUGGUUGACUGUUUCACUCCAUGCCCACAUGCUGCCUGUUCUCAUCGGUUGGUGAACUGCUAUCUCACUGCCCAGUACUGCCGGGGCCUCUUCUCAGUUCUGAGCAUGAACCAGAGUCUAACCGAGUUGGAUCUCAGUGAUAAUAUCCUGGGGGACCCAGGAGUGAGGGUGUUGUGUGAGACGCUCCAGCAUCCAGGCUGCAACAUUCAGAGACUCUGGUUGGGACGGUGUGGCCUUACCCACCACUGUUGCUUUGACAUCUCCUCGGUCCUGAGCAGCAACCAGAACCUGGUGGAACUUGACUUGAGCAACAAUGUCCUGGGAGACUCUGGGGUCCGGUUUCUGUGUGUGGGGCUGAGGCAUUUAUUCUGCAGCCUGCAGAAGCUCUGGUUGGUCAGCUGCUCUCUCACAUCGGCUUGUUGUCAGGAUCUUGCAUCGGUCCUGAGCACCAAUCAAACCCUGACUCGACUCUACAUGGGGGAAAAUGCCCUGGGAGACUCAGGAGUUGGGAUUUUAUGUGAAAAAAUGAAGCAGUCACAAUGCAACCUGAAGAAACUGGGAAUGGUGAAUUCUGGCCUUACAUCGGCGUGUUGUCUGGAGCUGGCCUCCGUGCUCAGCACGAACCAGAAGCUCACACACCUUUACCUCCGGGACAACGCGCUUGGAGACAAGGGCAUCAAGCUCCUCUGCGAGGGGCUCAUGCACCCUAGCUGCAAGCUUCAGAUACUGGAGUUGGACAACUGCAGUCUCACCUCACACUGCUGCUGGAAUCUGUCCACACUCCUGACCUCCAACCAGAGCCUGCGGGAGCUGAGUCUGGGCAACAACGACCUGGGGGAUCUGGGUGUCAUGCUGCUCUGCGAGGUCCUGAAGCAGCGGAGCUGCCUCCUCCAAACCCUGCAGUUGCAUGAAAUGUAUUUCAAUCAUGAAACGAAAUGUGCAUUAGAAACUCUUAAAGAAGAGAAGCCCGAAUUGACCAUUGUCUUUGAGCCUUCUUGGUAGUGGCGGGAGCUGCCAGAUGCCAAUAUUCUAUAGCAUUCAUCAUCCACAUUUGCAGAAGGGGAAAUCUGUACUCCUCCAUCCGGGUUCAAGACCACAGCUCUGGAUUCUUCUGGUCUGAUGUUGGAGAGCAAAAGCUUGUUGACGGUGCCUUCACCUGGGGAGCUUGAGCAUCUUCUUUAUCCCUGGGUUGAAGAUGCUAGGGCAAUAAAAUCAUGCAGAUAAUAUUGCUCCAAGCAAGUGCCUCAAUCAGAAAAUAUAUUUCCCUUUGUGACUUUGUGUGAUUAACUCAUUUGAGAAAGUACUUUUUCUGUCUUUCUUUUUCCCUGCACUCUCUAACUCUCCUUUACUUUUUAUCUUUUUUCCCUUCUUUAUUCUGUUUACUUUUUUUAAUAUCAUCACUCCUACCAUCUUUCUCUUAACUGACCAUAAUAUAGGAUGAGUUAACUAAAUAUUAUGUUGCAAAUUUGUGGCAGCUACUUAUUUAUUUUUAAUUUUGUAAAAUUUUUAUUUUCUAAUAUAAAAUAAUUCAUGUUGUGGCUGGUUUGAAAUUCAAAAAAA